CCCCGCUCUGACACCGGGGCUGGCGCACAGACGUGAAACCAGGGAAAUUCUUCACAUGACCUUUGGGACGAACCAUUUGCCUUUUCCUAAACAGGCCAUACCAACUUGCCCACAACAAACAUGGGCCUCCUCGCGCCCCAUUCCGCCUUGAUAUGCGCUUCGGCAGCCAUCUUUCUCAAGGGCAGGGCGCCAGCCGGAAGGUCACACCCUACCUGUCUCAGAUAACGCCAGCCGCCUUGAACUCACCAAGAGUCCAAUUGCAAGCGACGCUUUCACCGGAACAGCUCGUCCUCACGACCGGAAGGGGCUGCGCCGCAGCAAAUGGGACCAGCCAGCUCCAGCCCCCCUUCUCUUUCUCCCACCGUCGGCCCCAGGUGGGGAGGUUCCCAGCAGUGGGGGGAGUCCUGGGGGCUCCGCGGCUGCUCCCUCUGGCGCCUUGGAUGCCGCUGCUGCCGUGGCUGCCAAGAUCAAUGCCAUGCUCAUGGCCAAAGGGAAGCUGAAACCAACUCAGAACGCUGCUGAGAAGUUCAGCUUAACUUCUAUCGACGUAAUCACGUAAAGGGACGAUGUAAUAUGUUAUUCAACACGUGCAUUUUCCCUGAAGUCAAAAGAGAUGUUAAGCUUCAGGCUGCUGGCAAAGGCCUAACUAGCAGUAAAAGCAAGGAUGACCUGGUGGUAGCUGAGGUCGAGAUCAACGAUGUGCCUCUCACGUGCAGGAACCUGCUGACUCGAGGGCAGACUCAGGACGAGAUCAGCCGACUUAGUGGGGCUGCAGUAUCAACUCGAGGGAGAUUCAUGACCGCUGAGGAGAAGGCCAAAGUGGGACCGGGGGAUCGUCCGUUAUACCUUCACGUUCAGGGCCAGACACGGGAAUUAGUGGACAGAGCAGUAAACCGAAUCAAAGAAAUUAUCACCAACGGGGUGGUCAAAGCUGCCACGGGGACGAGUCCAACUUUCAAUGGUGCGACAGUCACUGUGUAUCACCAGCCAGCGCCCAUUGCACAAUUGUCUCCAGCCGUUAGCCAGAAGCCUCCCUUCCAGUCAGGGAUGCAUUAUGUUCAAGACAAAUUAUUUGUGGGUCUAGAGCAUGCUGUGCCCACAUUUAAUGUCAAGGAGAAAGUAGAAGGUCCAGGCUGCUCCUAUUUGCAGCACAUUCAGAUUGAAACGGGUGCCAAAGUCUUCCUCAGAGGCAAAGGUUCAGGUUGCAUUGAGCCAGCAUCUGGCCGAGAAGCUUUUGAACCUAUGUAUAUUUACAUUAGUCAUCCCAAACCAGAAGGCCUGGCCGCUGCCAAGAAACUCUGUGAGAAUCUCUUGCAAACAGUUCAUGCUGAAUAUUCUAGAUUUGUGAAUCAGAUUAAUACUGCUGUACCUUUACCAGGCUAUACACAACCCUCUGCUAUAAGUAGUGUCCCUCCUCAGCCACCAUAUUAUCCAUCCAAUGGCUAUCAGUCUGGUUACCCUGUUGUUCCCCCCCCUCAGCAGCCAGUUCAACCUCCCUACGGAGCACCAAGCAUAGUGCCCCCAGCUGUUUCGUUGGCACCUGGAGUCUUGCCAGCAUUACCUACUGGAGUCCCACCUGUGCCGACACAGUACCCACUGACGCAAGUGCAGCCUCCGGCCGGCACUGGGCAGAGUCCGAUGAGUGGGCCUUUUCUUCCUGCUGCUCCUGUCAGAACUGCCUUGCCUGCCGGCCCCCAGCCCCAGCCCCCGCCCCCGCCCCCGCCCCCACUCCCAGCUCAACCCCAGGCACAGAAGAGGCGAUUCACUGAGGAGCUGCCAGAUGAACGAGAAUCUGGACUUCUUGGAUACCAGCAUGGACCCAUUCAUAUGACUAAUUUAGGUACAGGCUUCUCCAGUCAGAAUGAGAUUGAAGGUGCAGGAUCGAAGCCGGCAAGUUCCUCAGGCAAAGAGCGAGAGAGGGACAGGCAGUUGAUGCCUCCACCAGCCUUCCCAGUGACUGGAAUGAAAGCAGAGUCUGAUGACAGGAAUGGGUCUGGGGCCGGAGCAGGGGGCCACGAUUAUCCAGUCAAGAAGAUGAAAACUGCAGAGAAGGGAUUCGGGUUGGUGGCUUAUGCUGCAGAUUCAUCUGAUGAAGAGGAGGAGCACGGGGGUCAUAAAAAUGCAAGUAGUUUUCCACAGGGCUGGAGUUUGGGGUAUCAGUACCCUUCAUCACAACCACGAGCUAAACAGCAGAUGCCAUUCUGGAUGGCCCCGUAGAAACAGUGGAACAGAGCUUUGACCCUCGGUGACUCUUUAGCAAUAAUGCAUGCAUUUGAUUUAAUAAGACUCUGGGGCCUGUACUGGGAACCAUCAUGGACCUUUGCAGAAGUUAGAGAUGCAAUGUCCCCUCUCUUAAAGGGGCUUCAUUCUUUUUUAAACAUCCUUGUUUCUGCAGUGGCAUAGUAUCUGUUAAAAUUUACUUAGAAUCACAAAUUUGUCUCAGAAGCUUUUUAACAGUUGGUGAAAUGUGCUUGUUCAACAGAGCAUCCCAGCAGGGUCAUUCCAGUAUACAUUUGACCUGUCCAGCCUUUUCCACAUGAAUGGCCAACUAUUCUGACAAAAAGAAAGUGUUAUUUGUAUUUUACUACUGUUUGGUCAAUUUUGCUGACAACUGGUCACAAAGCCUUACUAAUUAUUAGUGGGGAGUUGAUUUUAAGACCAUCCUUCCCUUUCAGCACCUUUAAAUCUAAGAACAGUUCAUCCCUAUUUCAUUUUUGCAUUCUUUUCUGUUCUGGAAAAUGCAGUUUUACUAAUUUAAAGCUGUUGGAUAUAGCUGGAUCCUGACUAGGAAAAUGAAGGUGUUUUUGGUUUUUUUCUUCAUUAUGUCUUUUUAUUGGGAUGAUGCAAAGCUGGCACCUUCAGGCACUCUUGUCCCAGAAAGCCAUUGCAGCUUUUAUUGCCCUUCUAAUAAGCUCCAUGUCUUCAGCUGGGUCCGAGAAAACCGCUUGAUCAAAAGCUGGUCAGAACUCAUCACAAAUGAAACACAGUGGUCUGUCUCUCCGAACUGGUUGCAGCUAAAAUAGAGAGAGAUGUGACUGCUCACAAUAGGAUGGAUGGUGGACUUAGUGACUGAAAUUGCAACUUGUCCUUUUCCUUGGCAUUACAGGUUUUGCCAAAAGAACUUUUUUGUAUCAAAUACUGAUGUGUGAAAGAAGGAGCUAGUCUGCUGAACCAGGAGUAGUUUGAGAUACUGAACUGUCAUUUUUGCACAUUUGAAUACUUUGCAGGCUGGCUUUGUAUAAUAAACAUAUUCUCUGGUUUCCUAUAUGUUGUAAAUAUUUAGACCAUAAUUUCAUUAUAAAUAAAUGUAUAAAUAUU